ACUGUGACCCUCUGGCAGUAGGACCACAAGGAUGUUUUCUAAAGUUACAGUGAUGGUGGUGAUGGUGGUGGUGAUGGCUGGCCUCAUGGUGACUGUCUUAGCCAAUCCGAUAGCUUCAGCCUCCGGUACAAGUUAUACUGUCCGUCGUAUGGGAGUCUAUGGCUAUGGCGGCCAUGGUGGCGGCUAUGGUGGCGGCUAUGGAAGCGGCUAUGGAAGCGGCUAUGGAGGCGGUUAUGGUGGAAGCUACGGUGGAUCUCGCGGCGGCUAUGGCAGUGGAUAUGGAAGCGGUUAUGGUGGUGGAUAUGGUGGCGGUUACCGUGGACUACGUGGCGGUUAUGGUGGUGGAUAUGGUGGCGGCUAUGGUAGCGGAUCUCGCGGCGGCUCUGGUGGAUAUGGCGUCAGCUACGGUGGAUAUGGUGGUCUCCGCGGUGGAUUUGGAGGAUUUAAUAGUGGAUAUGGUAGUCGACAUGGUGGUGGAUAUGGCGGAUAUGGUAUCAGUUAUUCAGUCAGUCACCGUGGUGGAUAUGGGUCAGGAGGCUAUGGCUAUGGGCGCUGAGGUCACGGUAGGUCAUGCUGGGUCAUGUGGUGUUAUGGUCUUUAUUUUAUUUUGGUCACGUGAAUUUAUUAAGUUUCUUUCUUGCUUCAAUGUAAACACAAGAUACUACUACUACUACUACUACUACUACUACUACUACUACUACUACUACUACUACUACUACUACUACUACUACGACUACGACUACGACUACUACAACUACUACUACUACUAAUAAUAACAAUAAUAACAAUGAAUUAAGAUACGAUGAAGUGAAUAUCCCAGCAGAGAACAGUGCCUGUCAGUGUAUACAGAUUUAAGGAAUAAAUAAAUUAUCCC